UUCUUCCCCAGAGAGACUCCUCCACCUCCAAAUCCCUAAUUCCCAAUUCCCAAUUCCCAAAUCCCUAAUUCCCAAUUCUCAAAUUCCAUAUCCCCUUCCACUCUCCGGUGAGCUCGAGUGACCCAUAAAAAUCUCACCUUUUUUCUUCUCCAAAUCAUCCCAAAGAGCUUGUUUUUCUAUUAAGCUCUCUGGAUUUCAGCCUGUUCUUUGCUUUUGAUCAAGAUUCAGGUAGUGUUUUUAUCUCCGAAAGUUUCAAUCUUUCUAGUAAAAUCCACAAAGAAAUCCAUGGCCACAGCUAUAGAUUUCUACAGUAACUGGCCUAGCUUCUCCUCUGAUCCUUCUCAAAUGGAGCUCAUGCAAGCACUUGAACCUUUUUUCAAGAGUGCUUCUCCUUCUCCAUCUUUAUCUCCAUCAUGGGAUCAAAAUCUAAGCUUUGAUUCCUAUUUGAGCUUUAAUGGCAUGCAAAACAACCAAAAAGGUGGGAGCUUUCUCAGUGUGCAGCCACUUCCAAUGAAGCACGCCGGAACUCCAUCUCCGGCCAAGCCUGGCAAGCUCUACCGUGGCGUGCGGCAGCGUCACUGGGGCAAAUGGGUGGCCGAGAUCCGCCUCCCUAAGAACCGCACACGGCUCUGGCUCGGCACCUUUGACACCGCCCAUGAAGCCGCUUUGGCCUACGACGAAGCCGCCUUCAAGCUCCGCGGUGACUUCGCCCGCCUUAACUUCCCCAAUCUCCGCCACUCCUCCGCUACCUCCCUCCACUCGUCCGUCGACGCCAAGCUCCAAGCCAUCUGCCAAACUCUCCAAGCUCCUGAUUCCACCUCUGUUUCAAAGACUCCAACAACCACUAACACUUCAUCAUCACCAUCAUUAUCAUCAUCAUCAUUAUCUUGUGAUCAAGAAGAUGAGUCCUCUGCUGGUUCUUCUCCAGUUUCAGAGAUGCAGAGCUUGGACUUCACUGAGGUUCCAUGGGAUGAAUCUGAGAGCUUUGUGCUAAGAAAGUACCCAUCUUGGGAGAUUGAUUGGGAUGCCAUUCUCUCUUAAGUUUUAGUAAUUAGCUAGUUAUAGUGACUGGUGCAAAUGGAGUUUUAGACAUUUGUCCACUGGUUUUUGUGUAUUUAGUUGCAGAUCUUUAGUCUUCUUCUUCUUCUUCUUGGUUAUGCUGGUUUUUUCUUGGCAUUUAACCAUGGAGAGAAUUGGUGUUUAAGUUUCCUAUUAUUGUUAUUAUAUAUAUAUGUCUUUGUGAUUGUCAUAUGUUUGUAAGCAUUAUGUAUUUGUUUCUUUGAAUAUUAGCUUUAAUGUUUUUCC